GCGUAGUAAUACCGUCCUCCCCUAUCGCGGUACCCCACCAUCGCCACCCAUUGCAGCAAACCAAUAUACCCGGAAUCACAUUGCCGCGUCGACCACCGCGAGGAGUGUUCGUCGCCUGCCACGCUCAGCCACGCUGUCAUUCAUCGUUUUCGGAACGCGUUGUUUUACGAACGAAAUACGUAUUGUAAUCGAAAAGGUGUCGCACCGCGUGCUCCUAUUACCUAACCUCGCGGUCUCUUCGCGCUGUCUGUCGUUCAGUAGUGAGUGAUUUAUUCGCCAAGUGUAGUGAUCGUGUAUAUUCGUGUGAAGCGAGUGUCAACACAAAGAGAUUCUAAUUACAGGUACAUUAACUCUUCAAGUGUUUCUCUAAUCGCAUUCUUUACGAUUCGAUCUGUAGAUUGAUGUAGCGAGCGUACGUACAGAGUUACGCUACAUUGCAUGCUGGAUUUUGUGCCGAGAAACAACAAUUUUGAUUUAUCUUUGAACGUUCCACAACAUCAUCAAACAUCGUAUCAUCACGGCAGUUACAAUAUGUCGGACCAGACGUUUCACACGCCAAGUUUCGGUGACGAAGACUUUGACAUACCAACUAUUCAUCCUCAAUCGCAUCAGCAGCAGCAUCAGCAGCAGCAUCAGCAGCAUCAGCAGCAGCAGCAGCAGCAACAGCAGCAGCAACAGCAGCAGCAACAGCAGCAGCAGCAGCAGCAGCAGCAGCAACAUCAUCAACAACAUGAUUCCAUGCAAGCAUAUGGUCAGCCACAGAUGAUUCAAAGCAGUAUGCAACAAUCGUCGGACGGUCUCAAUCUGGACACUAAUGGAUAUCAGCAACAGCUCUAUUUACAGCAAGAGCAUUCGAUGCAACCGAUCAAUGUCAGUUCUGCCUAUGGCAACUCACAAAGUUCAUAUGCAACAAUGAGCUCUCCACGUCAUCAACAACAUAGCGGCCAACAAUUAUUGAUGUUGCAACAACAGCAGCAACAGGUUCAAAUGCAACAUAUGCAGUAUAUGCAUUCUCAGCAGCAGCAGCAGCAGCAGCAGCAGCAGCAGCAAUUGCAGCAACAGCAACAAAUGCAAUAUAGAAGUCCUACCGGAGGCAGUCCGACUACUAUGCAAGCAAACAAUAUUCCGGAGACGAAUAAUAAUACUACGACCAGCGAAGAUAGUGAUGAUAGUACUCCACAUUCUGGAAUGAUUGCUAUGAUAAAGCGUGAGCCACCAUCGCCAGAAGCAGCUGAUGUUGGAGCAAAGAAUCAAAGAAAAACGAAGCCCCAAAAAAAGAAGAAAAAGAGAGAUCCUAAUGAGCCACAAAAACCAGUGUCAGCGUAUGCCCUUUUCUUUAGAGAUACUCAGGCAGUAAUUAAGGGAAAACAUCCAAACGCCAGCUUCGGUGAAGUAUCUAAAAUUGUUGCGUCAAUGUGGGAUGCAUUAGACAUUGAACAUAAAAAUUAUUACAAAAAGAAAACCGAAGCAGCUAAGAAGGAAUAUUUGAAAGCUCUCGCGGCGUACAGAGCAUCUCUGGUAAGCAAAGGUGCAGGUGAAAAUGAACAAAAACAGCAAACACCACAGCCGCAACAACAAAUGCAAUACAGUGCAUACACAGGCUAUGCCAACAAUACUGCGCCAGGAAAUGUUACAUAUCAAGUCUAUAGUCCUCAACAUCAACCUGCGUCGCCUCAACAUCAGCAACAGCAGCAACAAAUGACUGUUAAUAAAAAGUCAUCUCAUCAUUUAGCCAUGCAAGGAAAUCCUCAACAAAGCUUAAUGGGCAGUGUAAUGGCACCACCUCAUAUGACACAACAGCAACAGCAGCACAUGCAACAGCAGAUUUCUCAACAGCAAUAUAUGCAGGUGCCUCAACAACAAGUACAGCAAGUGCAAGUGCAGCAACAACAGCAGCAACAAAUAAUACAUACGAGUCCACCUAGAGCAGAAUUUAUAAAAUCUGAGGAUUUAUCGAUGAAGUCUGAAACUUUAUCUAGUUCUUCAUCGCCAGUAAAUCCUUCACAAGUGACUAUGACAGGACAAAGACCUUCACCGUGUAUACAUCAAGGAUGCCCUAAUCCUGCUAUAUCUAAUAACGAAUGGGAAGAUGAAUACUGCAGCAAUGAAUGUGUGGUCAGCCAUUGCAGAGAUGUAUUCAAUACGUGGGUGUCUUCAAAUCAAAAUUCUCAACAAAACUAUUCUACAGUUAAAUAAAAGUUCUACAAGAGAUGAACUACAAUUACUCAAUGGCCUCACAUCUUAAAUGGCUCGUUGUUAAUCUGUAAAGUAAGAUAUUUAAAUGAAUGUAUAUACACAUAACUAGUGAACUUUUUAAAGUGUCAAGACUAUUCAUGCAGCAACAGAGAUCAGCAUUAGAGGAUAGUUUGAAAUGUGUAUACAGAUGUGUUCUGUAUGUGUGUAAAUGUUGACAAGAAAACAAAAAGGCAAGAGAAGGAAGAGAAAAAGA